CACAGCCGUAGAAGCUCAUUUCUCCACCACUGAGCUUUGAGUUCCAAUACCAGGACAAAGGCACAACAUCAAUGGCAGCAACCAUGGCUUCAAUGACAAUGCUUAACCCCAAAAGCCUAAACAUUAACACCCCCAAAACCACCAACCUUACAAAGCCAGUCACCAAACCCAACUCCCUAUUCCCCAUCCAGAACCUCCCAAAAGGACUUACCAUCUCAAAAUCCACCAUGUCCUCUUCCCUCUCAGGUACCGCCCUUGCUGGAGCAAUUUUCUCUACCUUGGCCUCUUCUGAUGCCGCUUUUGCCGCCCAGCAGAUUGCUGACAUAGCUGAGGGCGACAACCGUGGCCUGGCGUUGUUAUUGCCCAUAAUUCCAGCAAUUGCUUGGGUUCUGUUCAACAUCCUCCGGCCCGCACUUAACCAGAUCAACAGUAUGCGGAGCACCAAGGGGGUGAUCAUUGGACUAGGACUCGGCGGACUGGCUGCAUCAGGGUUCAUCUCAACCCCCCAUGCCUCUGCCGCUGCUGAGAUUGCCAUGAUUGCCGAUGCUUCCUCUAGCGACAGCAGGGGCCAGCUUCUCCUGAUCGUGGUGGCGCCGGCGAUUUUGUGGGUACUCUACAACAUUCUGCAGCCAGCUUUGAACCAGUUCAAUAAGAUGAGGUCUGAGUAAACAUGGGUAGGCAUCAAAAUUACCUGUAAUUGCUUAUUGUAAUGAACUUCGUUUUCUCAUCCCACUUCAACAAUUUUCCUGCUUUUUCUUGAAUUGAAGUGUAAGAGAUUAUGUUGUAUAUCAACUAUAUCCAUGAUGAUAGAAAAACUCCAAUAUUAAUAUGUACAUUUUUUUUUCUCGUUUUGUAUAGUGUCUAGUGGAGUGUAUUGAAAUAAAGUGUAUAUUAAUUA